AUGGACCAACACAAGACCGACGACAAUCUCCGUUACAUAGGUGGCCUCACACGUGUUCUCGCCGCUGAUGCCUCCAUUUCCUUUGCAGAGCUAAUGGUUAAGCUCACGAAGUUCUGUGGCUACUCUGUAGAUUUGAGGUGUCAAUUGUCGAACGAAGGUGUUCAGAACGCCGACUCCGGUGGUGAUUGCGAGAAGAAAGAAGAUGAAGACGAUUUCCACCGAUGA